AGAGAGAGAGAGAGAGAGAGAGAGCUGGAGAGAGAGAGGAUUUUUGCCAUCUGACAGUGCCAGUACGUUUCAUUCUGCAGCACUCGAGCUCUCGGGGAGCGCGCCUCUGUAACGAAGCACCGCACAAGGGAAAAAAAUAACCUAAACGAGUCCGUGCCGACCGUGCCUCCCGGUCUCGGCUCUGUCCCAGGUGCUGAAAGCGCUGGUGGUGCGUUUCCGUAGCAACCAACGACCAAGUUUAGGCUACACCGCCAAUACUGAUUUCUUAUGACAACAGGAAACCCCGAGUGGUGGAGGAAAGGAGCCCAGUGCGGUGAAUGUUAAGCAACUCUCCGCCACAGACCGAGGUGUGGAUCCCGUUAACGCGAAUAAAUGGGAUAUUCGGUUGGCCGGGCAGGAUGUAAAACAUCUUUUGAAGGAUGGGGAAACAACGCUUCUCUGCGGCGACACUGCCACUGCUCGUUCUGGGUUGGCUCACGGUAUCCGUUACCGCUGGUGACUCAACUCUGUCGGCUCCUGUCAAUGUGACGAUCAGGGAGCUGGAGGCGAACACAGCCAUAGUCACAUGGGAGAUACUGGAGGGAGAUCCUGUCAUCGGAUUUGCCGUCACACAACAGAAGAAGGAUGUGCGCAUGCUGCGGUACAUCCAGGAAGUAAACACGACCACGCGCUCCUGUGCAUUGUGGGACUUGGAGGAGGACACAGAGUACAUUGUCCAUGUCCAGAGCAUCAGCAUGGGAGGCAGCAGUCCUCCCAGUGACCCGGUCAGCUUCAGAACUCCCAGAGAGUCUGAGAAACUGGCCUCCACAGGCCCAGACGAGGUGAACAGGGAGGAGAUGGAACAGGCAGUGCAGCUCAGAGUUGGAGAGCUCAUCAUCAUCGUAGUGGUGCUCGUCAUGUGGGCAGGUGUGAUCCUCCUGUUCUGUCGUCAGUAUGACAUCAUCAAAGACAACGAGCCCAACAACAACAAGGACAAAGCCAAGACCUCGUCAGAGUGCAGUACGCCAGAACACCCACAGGGGGGGCUACUGCGCAGCAACGUCUGAAAACAGCCCCCACUGGCCACUCACCUAUAUGGCAAUAACCUCCAAUCCUAUUCCUCAGGACAGGUGAGGCUACACAGCCAACCAGAACCGUCAUACCUGAGGCUGCAUCCUGAUUCUUCAUACUUCUCCUGAAGUGUGCGUGUCCUUGUAUCUACAACAUGACGAUCACCACUACGAUGAUGAUGAGCUCUCCAGCUCCGAGCUAAGACCCCUGACACCAUCUCCUCCACAAAUCAGCACCUCAGACUACAGCACAGCACCACACCAGGAACCCAGCCCAGCCAAUCCCAGCAGCACAGCCCCGCACCAGGAACCCAGCCCAGCCAAUCCCAGCAGCACAGCCCCGCACCAGGAACCCAGCCCAGCCAAUCCCAGCAGCACAGCCCCGCACCAGGAACCCAGCCCAGCCAAUCCCAGCAGCCCAGCAGCACAGCCCACGAUGGACCACAAUCACCUACCACCCAGAGUGGGGAGACUGAAGAGGUGUAGGGUGAAGCUGCCCCGAGACGCUGAUCUUGGGUCAGCGUCUAGGGUUGUGCCUUUCAGAUUAUAAUACACAAGGUUAAAUGGACACGGGAGGCCUGAUCAUAGAUCAGCACUCCCACUCUGAGGUGCUUUAUGAACAGAGAGGAAUUGACAGGUUUGGUCAGAAAGUUCCAGCUAGACUAUCAGAGGGCAAGGUAAAGUUAUUAUCAUAUUGCUUAAACCUAUCAAAUCAUUUCAGAUCGCAACAGAUGUCUAGAGGGAAGGGGCUAAGUGAUUGUUUCUGGACAAGGAGCCUCUGUCUCCCCCUCCCUCUCUCCAGAUCACUGUCUCUUACACUCUCUAUCUCCCUCCCUCGCCAGAUCACUGUCUCUACACUCUUUAUCUCCCUCUCUCCAGAUCCCGGUCUCUACACU